UUGCGGCUUCGUGCCGCGUGCGUCUCGCCUUCCGGACCCCGCGGCUUCCCCAGGGCGGGCUGGGAAUGGGGGAAGCCUGGCGCGGACACGCUCCGUCACCUUCCUCUCCCACGUCCCUCGGAGAUGCGGCCUCGCUGCUGCCCGCGGGGAGCCGGGCGGAAGGUGCCGUCGGCGCGGCGCGCUCGGGGCGCCCUCCGUGGGGGAGCCCUGCGUUCCAGUCCCGCGCCGCGGGCUUGCUGAGCUGGGCGGCCUUGGCGGGCCUCGGCCCCCGGGCCUUGUCGGCGGAGGACGACCAUGCCCGCGCUGGUCGGGGAUGGAGCCCGAGUAGAGACACCGCCUCGGAAGAGUCGGCCCCAGAGAAGCGGCGGAGCCAUGAGCAGAGUUUGUGCGACACGUCAGGUUGCUUCCGUAGGCGAGCUUGCCCCGGGCAGCGGAAAGGAGCCGGGAUGAGAGCCGUUGCCGUGGUCUCACCAGCCCCUCUGAGACGCGGAGUCUUCCUCUCGCGAGUGAAGCUGACAGACGUGUUCUUGAUCUUCCACUAUGGGUGAGCCACAACAAGUGAGUGCCCUUCCACCACCUCCAAUGCAGUACAUCAAGGAAUAUACAGAUGAAAAUAUUCAGGAAGGCCUUGCUCCCAAGCCUCCACCUCCAAUAAAAGACAGCUAUAUGAUGUUUGGCAAUCAGUUCCAAUGUGAUGAUCUUAUCAUCCGCCCUUUAGAAAGUCAGGGCAUCGAACGGCUUCAUCCUAUGCAGUUUGAUCAUAAGAAAGAACUGAGAAAACUCAAUAUGUCAAUUCUUAUCAAUUUCUUAGACCUCUUAGAUAUCUUGAUAAGGAGCCCUGGGAGUAUAAAACGAGAAGAGAAACUAGAAGAUCUUAAGCUGCUUUUUGUACAUGUGCAUCAUCUCAUAAAUGAAUACCGACCGCACCAAGCAAGAGAGACAUUGAGAGUAAUGAUGGAGGUGCAGAAACGUCAACGCCUUGAAACAGCUGAGCGAUUUCAGAAGCAUCUGGAACGAGUCAUUGAGAUGAUUCAGAAUUGCUUGGCUUCUUUGCCUGAUGAUUUGCCCCAUUCUGAAGCAGGGAUGAGAGUAAAAACUGAACCAAUGGAUGCUGAUGAUAGCAACAAUUGUACUGGACAGAGUGAACAGCAAAGAGAAAAUUCAGGUCAUAGGAGAGACCAGAUAAUAGAGAAGGAUGCUGCCUUGUGUGUCCUAAUUGAUGAAAUGAAUGAAAGACCAUGAAGGAUGUUUCUUUUUCUUUUAUUUUUCAGUAAAUGGCAUAUAUGGUUAAUUUGCUUUGGAGAGUUUCAAAAGAGAUAUAACUAGAAGUCAUGUAAAUGACUUGACUCUAACUUUAUCAAUUAUGAGAUGUCACAGGCUGUAAUUUUACUUUAUGGCAAGUAUAGGCAAAUGAGGAUAUGUAUACGUUAAAAAUAAUCACCUUAAAAAGCAAAGUGCUGAAAUUGUGUGAAACAUCCUGGUUUUGGAGUUGCAGAAAACAUUAAAGAUAUCCUCAGUAAUAGCAAGCUUUCAUCUUUGAAAAGUAGGUUUGUUAUUUGAUUUAAGAAUGAUAGAUAAAUAAAGGAUAUCAAGCUGUAUAAAUGUGAAAUUAUAAAAUCUUUAGAUUUAUUUUACUUAAAAAUUUACUUGAUCUCUAAAAAAGUAGUGUAACAUGUUAAAAGAGAGGAACCCCAUAGAUUUAUAAAGCAGCAAUUUUAUUUUU